ACAGUACUAAAUAAACAAUAACAUGCCUUUUGUAUGAUCUCUCUUAUUUUGUUAAAAUUAUUCACAUUUUCACAGAUUCUGCAAGUGGUUCCCAUACUUUUUCAUGCAACUGUAAAAUAAAGAACAUCUGAUAGCCAAUGCGAAUGUGAAGGGGGCAUUUUGGACUUCUAAUUAAUCAAUAUUAGUUUCCUAGCCAGCAGGGUGACAAAGUCAAUUGCAUCUUGUUUAAAAGUUGACAAGGUUGGUACUGCAGGGCAAACUCCGAACAAAGCAGUGAGAGCAUUCGGUUCAGUUAUUUCCACUGUAAUAAAUGCUAACGUUUCAAAAAAUAUUGUUCAAAAAAGUGAAGGGCAAAGCCAAAACAUAUGAAUCAGGUUUGCUGGAGUUUGCAAUACAUCAACAAAUAAUGGAUGAAGGCCAUAAACAGCAUCUAGACAGAUUUUUUUUUUUUUUUUUUUUUUUUUUGAAGAUACUGAUGCUUGUAAGAUACAGAUGUUUGCAUCUUCUCUCCAGGCCUGACAUAAAAUAUCCUUUCACCUCAAGCUCUUGUAAUAGUUCUGUUCAUGAUACAGUCCACUGAGAAAAGCUUCAGACAAAAGCUGCUGACUGAGCUGAAACCUGGCCAAAGAUUAAACCACCCAUCCGGUGGCCUGGUCGCCCAUCCUCACUCCAUUGGCCAAUGCACCCCUCCCAUGGCUGGGGUCUGUUUGCCAAGGCUGUUGAGUAUGUGGUAUGGAAACAGGGCCUUGCUGGUUUACAGUUAAGCCUCACCAGCGUGCCAGGUGAAAGCCCCUGGGGAUUACCCUAAUGCUGCCCCACAGACCAGAGGGGAAGUCAUCACAUCUAGGAUCAGAAUUAUGGGUUCAAAGCUGCUCUGGUCGGACAGAUGAGUUAAAUAUUCCACACCUAAAGCCUUUGUUAAGCCAUUUCACUGUACAUGUAUAUGUGUGUCAAUGCACUUACUAUAUGCAGUAUUAAAUUAUUUCCAUAAAAAACAGCAGUUCUGCUACCAAAAAGAAUGUGCAUGAUGAUAAUAAUUAUGUUAAAAUCAUGUAAUAAUUUGUGUAGUUUGCAUUAUUUCAAUUUUUACUACUAUUUUCUCUACGGUAUUAUCCAGAAAGGAAUAGUUUGCCCAAAAAUUAAAAUUCUGUCAUCAUUUACUCACGACUCAUGCCACUGAAAACUAACGUAUGAUUUUCCUUCUUCUGCAUAACACAAAAGAAGAUAUUAUAUAUAAUGUUUCAGCUUCUUUUGUCUAUAGUCAAAGUCAAAGGGGUCCAAAUAUUUCAAUCUCCAAAAAGGAGCGUAAAAAAUAAUCCAUGCAAAUCUGAAUUUGAAGUGUUUAUUCAAUCUGAAAUCACUGAUCAACUCAUGUAUGUAGAGACCAGAUCAAAUAUAAUGACACUUCACUGUAGUAAUGAUAAGAGCUAGUGACACAAAAUGUUUUCACAAACAGCUCUCGAAGCUUUUCAAACCUUAUUAAAACAUUUUGAUAUAUUUUGCAGUGCAUGUGAUAUUCAUCUUGUUUGUUUGCCCAUGGUUCUGAAUGCUUAACCCUAUAAAGCCUGCGGUAUCAUAUUUGAUCCACAUAUUUAUAAGGCCUCUAAAUUAUCAAUGGUCAAAAGAAACCUUGAUGAAAAACCUGUUGUAUACAAUCUGCUACAUGCCUUCUGUCGCCUUUUACCAUAAUUGUAAAAAUGUCCACCUUUAGGUCUUGGUACUUUUUGCAGAGAAAUUCUUUACUGAUUUCUGUUAAGUAAAUAUAAGAAUAACUUUUAUAUUCGUAGUGAUAUUUCAAGAUGAACACUGAACUGAAGCAACUUAGAUUUACUGGAUAUAUAUAUAUAUAUAUAUAUAUAUAUAUAUAUAUACACCAGGCAUUUAAGGAAUGUUUAUUUGUACAUCAUGUAUUGCUUAAUAAAGAGCUUUGUUCACAAAACUAAGCUUUAAUUAUCAUCUUUCUAAGAUACAUUAUUGGGAGUUAUAGACUAACAGUUGGAUUUUAUGUGAAUAGUCUGUUAUAAACAUUAAUUUACGUUAAAGAACACUAUCUUUUUGGCCAUAUAAAUAUCAGCAACUGCACUGCACUUUUUUUUUUUCUUUUUUUUUAAAGAUUUUUCUGAUUAUUAUUUUGUCAGGCUUUGAAGGUUUAAAAACAUGUACAUAAUACUUAUGUUUAGUUUCAUUCUGCAGAGCAUGGGAAUUGCAGUCAUUCACUACAUUCCCUCCACUAAUCUCUCUCUUUACUAACUGUAGUGCACAUGCAAUUCAGGAUGUUAUGUAAUUUGUGUUCUGUAACAUUUUAGCAUUGGUUUCCAUAGAAUUUUGCAGACUAACAACUUUUUUUAGUGAAGCUUCAAUUUUGAGGAUGAAACAUCUGGUGAACCAAGUGGCCAUAACACACCAUUAGUAAAGUUCUGCAGCCACUCCACUUCAUCUGUUUGGUCUGGUUUGUUUUGGCAGGCACUUAUUUUCCGGUGAUAGCUGGGCCACCAGGCUACUGCCGGGAGCCAUUCAGGGCUAGACUGUCAUUCUCAGGUAUAUAACCAGGGGGUUUUCUCCAUUGAGGACGGCACACAUCAUUUGGGGAUCUUUGUCUACUGUACCAGUCUUUAUCAGCCUCCUACUCUCCUUCAGUCCACAUCUUCUCCUUCGAAAAUUUCCUCAACAUCAGGAGCAAGUAGUCACAGUCAGGCUCAAAUCGCUGAGAUUUGCCAGUCAACUUUUAGCUAAUCGAAGUUGAGAGUUUCCAAGCCUGACAUUAUGGAUAUUGCCAUCCAACACCCCUGGAUCAGACGCACCAUGGGCUACCCCACCCGGCUCUUCGAUCAGUUCUUUGGAGAAGGCCUGUUCGACUAUGACCUCUUCCCCUUCGCUGCCUCAACUAUCAGCCCUUACUAUCGACACUCACUCUUCCGCAACUUCCUGGACUCCUCCAACUCAGGCAUCUCUGAGGUGAGGUCUGACAGAGACAAAUUCACAGUGUUCCUGGAUGUGAAACACUUCUCUCCUGAUGAGCUCAAUGUCAAGGUGACAGAUGACUAUGUGGAGAUCCAGGGCAAGCAUGGAGAAAGACAGGAUGAUCACGGCUACAUCUCCCGUGAAUUCCACCGUCGCUACCGUCUGCCUUCCAACGUGGACCAGUCUGCCAUCACCUGCACACUGUCUGCUGAUGGCCUGCUCACUCUUUGUGGACCCAAGACUGGUGGCAUAGACGCUGGCCGUGGAGACCGCACCAUCCCUGUUACCCGUGAGGACAAGAGCAACUCAGGCUCCUCCUCCUAGACAGGCCGCACCCCACAGCCAGGUGGUGGUUUGGAGGUGUGAGUGGGGCUCACAGGGGGGUCUAGGCUUUAAUUUCAGAGGGCAUCUAAAGGUGGAUUUAAGCAAAUCCUUUAUUUGUUUGUCAUUAAACAAGCCCUUCCUCCCACUUCCACCUCAAAGGGUGUCAGUGUAUAUCUGAUCUAAUACCUUCUUUCAUUAGACUACACUAGCUAAAAAUCUCCAUAAUCCACUAUGAUUGUUUUCAUUUUUUUCAUUAUAUGCUACUCACACAGGGAAUGGAUCAGGAUGAUUGGCUGGGGGUCUUAAAGAAAGAGGUGAAAAGAUUUCUUCACUCAACCCUCUACCCUCCUCUCUAGUCAGAUGUUAAGCGACAAGCAGUCAUUGUCACACUGGCGAUAUAUUACGAGAGUAAUUAUUAUUUAAAAGCAUAAUCCUUUACUGUAUAGGAUCAAUUGUAGAACUAAAUACUCUGAGGAAGGUUAACAAGGGGAGGUGGAGAGCUUAGUUAAAAUCACCCUGUUUGAAGAUUUCUGAUCCGAGAGAUUCCAUUACUGGCACCAGUCAGACCUCCGCUUCCUCUCUUUCCUGUGUCAAGACCUCUUUUCUAGAUCUCUCUUGUCAUUGACUCUUUCCUGUUUUGUAGGUUUUAGCCCUGUUCUACUGAUUACAAACUCCCAAGUGAUUAAAAAAAUAAAGUUGUACCAUUAACCAUUAGA